UGCAUUGCAUCACAAAUCGCACGCGCGAAAGAUGUACAUAGUAGUCAGUUAUUGUUGGAAAAUGCGCGAUUUAAAAACUCAUUAACUUAAACCUCAACGCCGCAUAAAGGGCCAUAGUGUGUGAAAUUCCUGUGAACUGUGAAUCUUCCAUCUCAAAAAGUAUCGCCAUUGGUUUUGUGGAGGUGAAUCCUGGAGCCAACAAGGCCAGUAAUGACCACAAGCAAUGAUGGUUCAGUUCUUAAAGAUGUCGUUGCCUAUGUUGAUGUGUGGUCAUCUGACAAAACAGCAAACUAUUCAAAAGCAUUCAUUCAGCAGCUACAAGAAAUGGGAGCUCAGGUAUCAAAAACAUUCAAUAAACAAGUCACACAUGUCAUCUUUAACAAUGGUCAUCUGGCUACAUGGAGGAAAGCAAAGAAAAGUCACGUGAAGCUCGUCUCUGUUCUUUGGGUAGGCAGAUGUUAUGAUGACGGAGUGCAUGUGGAUGAGGAGUUGUAUCCAGCGUUGAAUGAUGAAAGCAAUCCUGUGUUGAAGAACAAGAAACAUCGUUGCAUGCUGCCAAAAGAUUCUCCAGAGAAGACUCCUGAAAAUGACAGGCGCAUGAGGAAAAAGCUAGAUAAGAUGAUGAAAGACCUAGCUCCAAAGCAACCUCUGGUCACAGAUGUGUCACCCAUCAUUAUUGAUGAAGAGAACGGAAUAGUCUAUAGCCCUGCUUUGAAAAGGUCGGAUUAUAUGGCACAGAGGUUGAAAGACAUGAAAGAGAAACGGGAAAACCUCUCACCCACAGCCUCACAAAUGGUUGAAUCCUCCUCACCCCCUGGGCUGAAGCCUUCUCUUGGUAGCACACCAACUGUCUUCAAACGAUUCUAUGACCAGUCAGAUGAUGAUUCCAGUGCUUCUGUUGCUGAACUUGGUUACUCACCUGACAAGGAAGAAGGGAGAACACAACUGCAUGUUAAUGACCAUGACCGUCUUGAACAACCCCUCGGAAAAGACUUUGAAAAGCCCUGGCUGUCACCCUGCCACGAUGUGUCAAAACAGAGAUCUAUAAGUCCUUUGAAAUGUCCGGACUUUGAGGACAAAGAAGGGACUAAACAGAAAAAGUCAAUGAGGACAUCAAUCAGAAACAAGCUAAUAGGGAAACACAAAUCUGGAGGUUUAUUAGAAAGUCCUCACCAGGAGGGGAGAUCUGACGAGGGCAAGAACUUAUGCAAAGAAAAGAGGCGAUCACAGAUCAAAUCUUCUAGCCCUGCUGUUAAAAAAACUGAACAGUCGCCUAGCAAAUCUGAAAAGGGAAAGCGAAAAAUUAAAGCAGUAAAAUCUGUUACAGAGACUAAGACCCCUAAUUGUCCCGAUACUGUGAACUCUUCUGGUUGCCUCUCGUCAUCAACUGUGUUAGCUGAUGCUGCUGCUAAACUGUCAAAAGAAACUGUUUCACUGUUACAGAAAGUGGAACAGAAAACUACCAAACGAGCCAGACCAUCACUUUCUGCCCUGGUACGAUCUUUCACUUUGCCCAGUGAGUCUCAAAGUGUUGCCUCAGGUUCCGCUGACGGAGCUGAUGAUGUGUUUGAGGACUAUUUCUCCCCAGCUAACCACCACAAGAAAUCACAAAGACCUCUUUUGCCUAGUCUGCCUGUGGAGAGAGACAUUCAGGUUCCUUUUGAGUUGGGCUCUGUCCCAAAGAAAAGAAAACAAAGAAGAAGUGAAAGCACUGGAUCAGAAACCAUGAGUAUGAAGAAGAGGAAACUGGAAGAAAGUCAAAGUGUCAAAACCGGCAAUCAGCAGUCCGAUGCAAACACUGAGCCUAAAAGUCAUCCCCAACAGGAUGAUAAAGAAUCUCUGGUCAAAGGCAGAAGACAAAGCUCGUUACCCUUUACAAGCACCAGUUCAACAACCACUGAGCCACAAAAACGGAGAAAAGCAUCUUCCGUGCAAUCAACAAAGAUAACAGAGGAUAACACAGCACUGAAGCUGCAGAAAACCUCUGAUGUCGAUGACCUUUCUCACACUUUGGAAAGUAGAGGAAAUGAACGUACAGAUGCAGCUGGUUUAGCAGAGAUCCCCUCUGAAGCCGAGGAGAAUCACAAUAAACAAGUCAGCUUGCGUCUUCAGAAAAUGGUCAACAAGACAAAGAUGAGAACAUUAGUUAUGACAAGCAUGCCCACUGAGAAGCAGAACACGGUGAUGCAGGUGGUGAAAACACUGGGUGGGUUCUCGAUUGUUGACCGAGUUUGUGAGAGCACAACUCACGUGGUGUCUGGGGGUCCCAGGCGGACUCUCAAUAUUCUUUUGGGCAUAGCUCGUGGCUGUUGGAUCCUCUCUUUUGAAUGGAUUCUCUGGUGUUUGGAGCAAAGGCAGUGGAUUCCAGAGGAGCCAUAUGAACUCUCAGACCAGUUUCCUGCAGCACAGAUCUGCCGUCUCCAGAGGCACUUGUCUGCUGGGGAGCACCAGCAGGACCUGUUCCAGGACCUGCCAGCCAUGUUUGUGUCCCAGCACUCUCAGCCGCCCACUCAGAGUCUGGUGGAGCUGAUCCAGCUCUGUGGAGGGACGGUCUGCAAAACUGUGCGGCAGGCAGGGAUCUGCAUAGGGAAGUACAGCGGCAGGAGACCAGAGGGAAGCAGGAUCCUGUCUGAGCAGUGGGUGCUUGACAGUAUUACACACCUGAAGCAGCUGUCAUAUGAUAACUACGACUUGGAGUAAAAACUCCAGAAUAGUUUCUGAGUUUAGUUUUUUAAAUUUUAUGCUGGACUCUGUCUAGUCAUAUCCCCUCUGUUUCUACCAUGUAGUGUUCCUGUUGUAUCAUCUUGCUUUGGAAAUGAGUUCACAGAUUGUACUUAAAUCUUCUCAAAUAUUCUGUUUGUCUGUGGUUGCUGUGGGAACCCAUAACUUCUCAGGACCCUUAAGAUGAUGUAAACGGUGUAAGUUACUGUGAAACUGCAUUGACUUUGAAUGCAUACUUCAUGUCGAUCCUUUAUUCUUUACAGUUUUUUCAUAAAGUAGCAACCACUACUGCAUAACCUGUGUGUUUUUUUGUUUUUUGUUACAAGAUGUGAGAUUGAGCCUUUUAACUUUUAGCAAUGUGACUUUUAAAAUACCUGUUGAGCCAUUUCAACACUCUAAUGGUGACAAUGUAUUGUGUCUUUUAAUGUUUUGUGAUGUCAUUGUUAAUAAAUACUUUUAUUAAAAUUGUUGAUGUUC